GUUGCAGUUUCUUCGCUCGGCUGCUAUGAAGAGCAGUUUUAUAGCCCCUUGUUCAAAAAGGUGUACCUAGAUUAUAGAAGUCAAAUAGACUGGAACAAAUAUCCCGACAUGAGUCACGUGAUCCAGGCUUGUGCUCAGGCUGCAGUGGCGAGGCAAUACACAUACUUUGCUAUAACAAACUAUGGUGUGUGUGUUUGGGGUCCUGACGGGCUUAACGUAAUCAGUACAAGGGAACUAAACUCGUGGUGUUUUGCCGGUCUUGGAGGACUGUGGUUAGUGUCCGUAUACAAGAUUAAAAGCUCAGCUGCAGGUACUGCUUGGCGUUCACUGUCUUUACUACGAACAGUGUCUCACGAUCAUCUAUUUUUUAAAUCAUUUCUUGAUUUCUGAUAGGCGAAACGUUUUAAUGUAGACUUCUUUCCCCUACCAUGAUGCAUUUUUAUUUAUUUCCAGUGGCUACAAUAGGAUCAGGCAGUGUUAGCCGCGGCUCGUUCGCGAUCAUGAAAACAGCUGUGAAAAGUCCUGUUUACCUCUUGUGACUUUGAAAUAAAUUCGUGCAUGAUAAUCCCAAAUAUUGCUCACACCCUCUUAGAACAAAGAAGAAACGUGACUUUUCACAGUCUAUUCUUUCAGUAAUCAAGGCAUAUCAUUCCAUAACCCUGAUAUAGUAGUAAUGAACAGACUUAGUUUCUCAAAGUUUUCAACUGAUUAUAGCUCUCUUGCUUUUGUUAAGAACGAAGAACUCCGGUAUAUUUUUGUGAGAAUUGCGCGCGUCAAACGUCUCAAGAAGCGUUUAGCUACAGAAAGGAAUAUAUCUUUAAGAGCUGGGGAAAAAAUACGAAAAGGAAGAGGAUCGAAAUAAACUACAAAAAAACUAAGAGGAACAUUCUACUCACAUUAAAACCUUUAAAUUGUAUUCUGCUAGUCGAUGGCGGUUGGUCUGAAUGGGGAUCCUGGACAAGCUGUAGUCACACAUGUGGUGGUGGAUCACAAACACGCAUGCGCACUUGCACCAAUCCACCUCCCUCUGGGGGUGGUGCAGACUGUCAAGGUGGUAAUUCCCAGUCCCAAUCCUGCAACACGGAUGGAUGCACAGGUUAGAUUUACCAACAAAUAGUAUACCACAAAAGAUAAAUGUUAAGUUUAGCUUUCGGACCUUUUUCAAUUUUGAAGUUACCGCUUCGAUAUAGUUGGGACUCCCCCGAAAUUCUAGAAUAGGCUUAUUUUUGGGGAAGCCCCAAAGUGUACUUUGAAUGGUUUGUUUACAUUUAAUAUUCAUAUUCUUUCCAAGCUCUUUUCGAAUGGAACGAGUGGAAGUAGGAGAUAAAGGGAGUGUGAGAUUCGAGAGUCAAAAUUUUAAGAGUUGCAAAUUAUUUAAAGCAUUUUCGGUUACAGCGACCAUAUAAGGCCUUUUUUUUUCCCAGACUAUAUCCGACAUGAAAAUGUAUUUUUCAGUCAUUAUCAAUUUCGAUGAAAGUCCCUGUGCAUGUUUCCACUCAUUUGAUAUAAAUAUACCCAUACAAAAGGAGAACAUGAUUGAGCGUUAUGUUAUGGUCGCAGGUUCGAUUCCCGAGGCCGCAUCGUACCAUUACUCAGGGUCUUAAAAAAUAACUCCCAUAUAUUGCACUCCAAGCGACUGGACCUUCGAGUAACUCGGAUGACCACGUAAAAUGGUUUUCCCGUCUCCAGUAGGAGACGAAAAAAUAGUGUCCCUAUUUAGUAUUUUCGUAUACAUUGACAAUCAAAUAACGCGCACUUUUUUAUGUUGAUUCAUACAACCCGAGUGCAAGUUACUCUUUUUUAUUUGUUUGUUUGUUUGUUUAUUUUUGUUGUUGUUGUUUUAUAGUUGAUGGCAGUUGGUCUGAGUGGGGUGUCUGGGGUAGCUGUAGUCAGACCUGUGGCGGUGGAUCACAAACGCGCAUGCGUACUUGCACUAAUCCACCCCCAUCUGGAGGUGGUACUGGAUGUUCAGGAGGCAGUUCCCAGUCCCAAUCUUGCAACACACAUCAAUGCGUGGGUAAGCAAUGCCCAAUGACAUAGCCUGUGUAACAGGCACCGGUUUUUUUUUUUUUUGUUUUUUUGUUUAUUUUUGUUGUUGUUGUUUUAUAGUUGAUGGCAAUUGGUCUGAGUGGGGUGUCUGGGGUAGCUGUAGUCAGACCUGUGGCGGUGGAUCACAAACGCGCAUACGUACUUGCACUAAUCCAGCCUCAUCUGGAGGUGGUGCUGGAUGUUCAGGAAGCAGUUCCCAGUCCCAAUUUUGCAACACACACCUAUGCGUAGGUAAGCAAUGCGCAAUUAUAUAGCCUGUGUAACAGGCACCGGUCAGUUUUCUUGUUUUUUUUUUUUGUUUUCAUAGAGCGCACUAAUUUGCGCGCGAGUCCUCGAUAUUUCUCUUUUUAUUUCGCCGAAGAAAGGACCUGCGCAUGUUCACAUUAUGUAGCAUUCAGAGGACAAAUACGUGGCACAUUUUCUAACAAUAGUAACGUCAGCGGUUUGAAUGCGCCACUUCAAGCGUUAAUCCAAAGGCUUCGAAAGAAACGUUGUUGAAAGAGGCAUUGAAAUUAACUUUUAACUGAGAACAACAAAAAAAUUAAAAUUAACAUAAGGAAGAAGCGAAUAGCAACUCACUUAAAAAUUCCACUAAAUCACAUCUGAAACUAAUCAACAAAUAUUUUGAAUCAAUUGAUCAAUAAAAAAGGCUAUUUGUUUUCAUUCUUAUUCCUUUCUUCUGUUUCUUCUUCUUCUUCUUCUCAUUAUUAUUAUUCAUUCGUUUUUUUUUUCUUCUAUAUGUCAAGUUAAUGGUGGAUGGUCAGUCUGGGGAAGCUGGAGUGGCUGCUCUGUCACUUGCGGUGGAGGGUCACAAACACGCAUGCGCAGUUGUACAAAUCCGUCCCCGGCUGGAGGUGGAGCCGACUGUCAAGGAAUCAGUUCCCAGUCGCAAUCCUGCAACAGCAUGGUUUGCCCAGGUGAGUGAUGUAUUCCAUUUAAGGUGGCCAAUAUCGUGACUAAGGUGCAAUUCUAAUUAGAAUUGGAAGAAAAAAAGAGAAGGCGCAAAAACAAACAAACAAAUUUGUGAGAAAUUCAGCAUUUUAUAGCAGGUUUCUUUCCUUUCCUUUUUCUUUCUUUCUUUUUCUUUCUUUUUUUUUUUUUUACAUUUUUAUUUCUUUUGUGGAGAGUGAGGGACGGGUGAAGGGGGAGGAUGGUUGGGAAAGUUGGAGUGAAGUGUAUUCUUAACAGGAGAUUUCAAGGGCGCAUGGCAGUCGUCUUAUAGCACCUGACCUUCUACCACGAUUGCCACAUAACAAAAACUUGUUUUGAUUUUAGUCAACGGCGGAUGGUCGCUUUGGGGAGUUUGGGGCUCUUGUAGUCAGACUUGUGGUGGUGGAUCACAAUCACGAAUGCGUAGCUGUACGAAUCCUCCUCCAUCCGGGGGCGGUGCCAAAUGCCAAGGCUCUAGUUCUCAGUCUCAAUCGUGCAAUACUCAUCGAUGUCCAGGUAAUUGAAGCACCAUUAAGUUAUUAUAAUAGAGCGUUGUCACUCACGUGGCCAGCAGAUUUGUAAAUGUAUUGGUACAAGAGAAAGUUUUUACACAAGUGAAAGGUUCACCUCCCACACGACUGGUUUGGAACAACAAAAUGGCCGCCUUUUCGCACUUGACGUGACGUCACGUGAAACUGCUCUAUAAUUUGAUUAUUGCGAAAUACCAACAGCCAAUCGGUUGCCAUUUUGAAGGCAGCCUACUAAAAAAAACAUGAGAAAAAAAAUCCGACCAUUAGAAGGUCAAAAAUAUUUCACUAGCAGCUUAUUUAAGUUUUGAUCAAACUUCCUUCCCCCCACCAUUUUUUUUAAUUUUUCAGGCUGUCAAGAGGGGAGCUCUGUACAAGAUCAGUGUGGUCAGCGGUGCACUUGCACUGGUGGUCAAUUAGUGAACUGCGUCCGGAUAAGAAAAGAAUUUACCGACAUGACGCUUGAGGAACGAAGGCUUUAUAUAAAAACCAUUAAGACAGCAUCCACCGAUCCGAGAUUCAAGACGGAUUAUGAUAACCUUCUCAACUCUCACCGCAUCUUGUUCCUCUCAGGUCUGUGCACGCCACUUAUUCCUCUUGUUACCGUUUAACCAUCUGAUUAACAAAACUCGUUAUGUCUACCUUAAAGGCCAUGUCCAUACUAUAUUGGAUAGCUCUUGCGCCGAAACACAGACCGUACUUGAGCGCUUUUCAAUUGAGUGUCGGAAACCAAAACCAAAGUAAUCACAACGGCCAAUCAGAGUAAAGGAAAUUACCAGAGGGAGCCAAUGGCAACUUGAAGUAAACGCGUGUAACCGGCCUGUAGCGCGGGAAAACGCGAGUGACCAAGGAGCGAUUGGUUUUAGUUUACAUCUGAUUGGCUGAGAGGGUGGCGCGAGUUUUCUAGACCAACCAAACAGCACAGUAAAGCAAAACCAAUUCAAUCCUGGAUUACUUUCAACACUCAAUUGAAAAUUGCUCCAAAAAGGGUUUUGUUCACUCGUAAGAACGGUUAUUUCAGCACGAUUUUUGUAACGAAGCAAAGCUGCCCGCCGCGUCAAUCUCUUAAUGAGAGCGUUUUAUAUAUCGGAUGGGUUUCUGUACCUCACACUGGUGCAGCGUCAACAGAUAUUCGGACCGUGAAUGAGGCCCAUCUAGACGGCAGAAUAUUUGAGGCGACGUUUAUGACCCUUUGAUACUUAACCUUAAUACAUACGGUAACCUUAACCCCUCCUGUUCUUUGAUUGUUUGUUCCUUUUUGGUUUGUUUGUUUGUUUGUUUUUUUUUUUUUUGGUGUGUGUGUUAUAAUAUUUUGCAUAAAUUAAACUUUUAAUAGAUAGCAGGUGAAGGUAUGUAAUAUAAGUUUUACAGGAUGCUACGCCUCUACACCUAUCACGUCACCUAUCAUGAUAUUGCUUUUGGUAUUGUUUCAUCCGUUUUGAGUACCGAAAAAGAAGGGGGAAAAAUCGCAUUUUUUGUUUGAUAAAGGCUCACACUCAUACAAGUUACAACGUAACGUAUUAUCUUGCAUUCAAGCUCUCAAAAACGUUAGUUCUACAUGUAUAUGGCAUACGUUUUAGUUGUUCUUUUCUAUGCUUCCACAGGAAUCCACCAACGAGAUCAUUUCCUUACUUGGCAUCGCUGGUUCAUUCUUCAGUACGAAAAUCUUCUCCGUCAAGUCGACUGUACUUUUACCAUUGCCUACUGGGACUGGAGUGCUGUAUCCAGUAAUCCGUUCAGCACGGCAAAUCGAAGUGACCUAUGGCACAGCGCAGACACUGGUUUCGGCGGGGAUGGAGGUGGAAUGUCGUUUUGUGUUCAGACUGGUCCUUUCAGAGAGAAUGAAUGGAGUAUUGUGCCACUUCCGGCGGGAAGUCCUCCGGAGCCGGGUCCGCGCUGUUUGGUCCGGAUGUUCAAUGGAAAUCCCCCGGAUACAGUAGCUGUAGAGAGAGUAUUGAAAACGGAAGUGGCUAACUUCACCGAUUUCGAACUCAUGCUACGAAUAAAUCUCCACGAUUUAGUUCAUUGUUUGAUUGAUGGAACAAUGUGUUCCAUUGAUUCCGCUGCAGCUCCAGAGUUCUUCCUUCAUCAUGGUUUUAUUGAUAAGAUAUGGGAUGACUGGCAGAAAAAGAGCGAAGCUCACAAGAAUGUUUUCUUUUCGACAAUCAAUCAAAACAUGCCGGGUACCCAACUUCUACCUCGAGCGGUCAUCGAUCUUUCUUCUCAGCCAGGAGGCGUAAUCGUCGAAUAUCUAGCACCCCGCGCUUCUACCAGUGCUGAUAACCUUCCAAGAGGUAAGAUUAGUGAAUGUUUUAAUUUCUCGGUACUGCAAUAGAUUUCCGAUGUUAGAGUCGAACUAUUCACAAAAUGGUCCUGUAGGUCAACUAUGAAGUACCGAGCAAAUGAUUAACCCUACCCUCCCUGUAAUUUGAGGGGAGGCUUUGAAGACCUCCCUCUAUAACUUUAAAACCACUUAUGUUACGGCCAGCAAAGUUACACAGCAAAAUGAACUCAUUGUUUCCAACACCUAUAAAGUAUAACUUGAUUGACGCAUUUGACGUCAUAAUGACGUCAUAUUGUUAAAUUUAUCGGAUGAACUCGAAUUUCAUCAAAAUUUCCGUUUAAGGUAGUAAUAAAGCGAAAGUGGUUGUAAAAAUUUUGCUUCAUGCAGGGAUUACAUUUCAGUUCAGCAACACUCUCACUGUCAGUUUCCUUCCGUGUAUAAUUGUUCAAAGAAUUUAUGUUUUAACCCUUUCAUUUAUUUUUUUGCUAUUCAAUUACUUAUUUUAUCAAACCCUAUUGUUACCAGCAAAUCAUCUCUCAUACAUGUCUAACACUGUAUCACUGAUCAUAUAUUGGUACCAUUAUACCUAGGCUUUAGAUUGAGUAAACUGAAAAGACUACGAAGACGUAGACGCAGGCGAUUCUCACAGCUGAGGGACAAGGUUUUCAAGGUUUUCCAUCUCAAGAAAUCUGAGAUUAGAAAAGCAAAAGAAUUCGAGAAGAUGCUGCAACCAAAGAAUUAA